GCGACUGGGUCUCACUAGAACCAAUAAAAAGAACUCAUUUUUAAUACUCUGCCCUUCUCCUCUCGCUCCCGAUCUCCUUCUCUUUCUCUCUGAAAUCUUCAACAGCAGAUCAGAAGUAAAACUUGCUGAAAAACAGGGGAAAAGCAGAAGAUUUGUCUAGAAGAACAUAGAAGUUGAAGAAAAGGUAGGAAUUUUUUCUUGUAGAGUUCAGAGAGAGAGAGAGAGAGAGAAGAAGAAGAAGAAGAAGAAAAGAGAAGAGAAGAAAAGAGAUUUGCCGUCUUUUUUUUUUUCCAGGAAUUCAAUUCUGAAUGGAUUCCGAUAGUUGGAUCUCUCGCCUAGCUGCCGCGAAGAGGCAUUACUUGAAUCAGCGACAGCAGAGCUCCCAAUCAGAUCGGUUGGACUUUGAUGAAUACGAGGUGGAAGAGGAGGUCCGCCCUGAUUUUCCGUGCCCCUACUGUUACGAGGACCAUGACAUCAUUUCACUCUGUUCCCAUCUUGAAGAUGAGCACCCUUUCGAAUCCAAAGUUGCUGUCUGCCCCAUUUGUUCUGUAAAGGUUGCAAGAGACAUGCUGAGUCAUAUUACAUUGCAACACGGGCAACUCUACAAGUUGCAGAGACGUCGAAGGCUAAGAAGAGUAGCUAUUCCAAAUAGCCAAGGGCUUUCACUUCUAGGGAGGGAACUUCGUGAGGCUCACCUGCAGGUUCUUUUGGGAAGUGGGACUUAUCGGUCUAGCAACACUGGUGCCUCAACUGCAGCAACCGAUUCAUUGCUUUCAUCUAUUGUUUUAAAUUUUCCUUCAUCUGAAGCUGAAGAAAUUUCCAAAUCUUCCUUCUCUAGUGGUGAUGAUUUUGCUAGCAAAAAUACAACACCAGCACAGAUAAGGAAAUCAAGUAUUGACCUUUCACUUAGCAAAGAGGAGAGGGAACAGAAACGGUGGCAAGCUACAGUCAGGGCAAAUUUUGUGCAGGACCUGCUUCUUUCAACACUAUUUGGUGAUUAAUCUGGAGCGGCCUAUGAACUAUAUGCACCACGUUGAUCUUUAUUAAUCCAACUUCUACCGUCAACUUAAUCAUAAAUUAUUCCUGGUGAUUGCUGAUCUAUGGUCAUAUUUAUUCAAUACAAGCACGAAUUCCUUUCUGAAAGCUAAUCUUGUGCUGGUUUUCAUGGAAUUUUAACUUUCACUGUUUUUAUAUAUUAAAAAAAACUUAUUAAUGGUGAUGCUCCUUUGGCUCUGCGUGGGCAGCUAAAUGCUGCAUGAAUAGAUCAAGUUGUUAUUAA